UCGGAGAUCGAGCAGCAGAAGACCGCGAUGGCUGCAGCCAAGGCUGCACUCGACCACACCAAGGCUGUGCUCGAACGCAUUGAAUAUGAGCUCAACCACACAAAAACUGAUCUGAACACGACCAAGGCCGCGUCACAGGAGCGCGCUGACGCUUGCACGCGCAUGUGCAGCACUCUCAAAGCCGAGAAGGACCACUUGCACAUGGCGAUGGUGCAGCUCUCGAACGACCUCGGCGCGGCCAAGAAAUCAAUCGCGCUGCAGGAGCAAGCCACGGAUGCCUACCAGCAGCAGAUCGAGGCGCUCCUUUGUGAGACACGCCGCCUCACGUCCAUGGUCGAGCAACAGGAGGCAGCCAAGUCGGAGCUCGCCGAUGCAGCGACGGCCAGCACGUUGUUGCUCGAAGCAACGAUUCAAGAGAAGACGGACGCGCUCGCAGCGACGACGUUGCAGCUACACGCUGCGACGACGUGCGUGGACACCCAGACGCAGCAGAUCGAGACGCUCCUUGGCAACAAGACCGAACUCACGUCGGUGCUGCAGCAGCUCCAGGCCGACCUCGACGCAUCCAGCACUGCCUUGGCUCUGGCCCAAGACGCCGUCGCUGCCAGUGCACAGCAGAACGAGACGCUCAUGGCCGCCAACAGUCACCUCGUGCACACCAAUGCGCAGCUGACGGCCGACGUGGCCACUGCGAUCGCGGAGGCCGCGCGUACCAAGGCGUCCAGUGACGAUGUGGCCGACGCCAGCGCCAAACACGCUGCGCGGGUGAACGCGAGCAAGGCCCGACUGCUCGAGACGAUUAAAUCCUUGCAGCAUACCCUCGCCACCCAAGCGCCGAUGGUCUGUGACCAGUGCACGCACUGGAAGGGCUUGCUCGCGCAGUCGUCCACUGUGAUUGGGAGCUUGCGGACCGAGCUGGCAGCGGCGCUGGAGCGGGCCACAGCACCUGCCGACGUCGUCCGCGCCUUCUUCGAACGCGUGCACGCGACGUUUCCGAUUCUCCGCUACAGCGCGAUCGAGGUGCUCAUCGAUGGCAUCUACGGCGGCGACACGCGCGUCUUUGAAGCGACGGACGGCUUCCAGGUCUUCCCGCACUGCUGACGACGGAGCGUCAUAUGCCUUUCUUACUGCGUGGUCGUCGAUCUCGUCUGGAUUUCAUUUGUCUCUCUUUACUUUCAACGUCGAUGCUCUUCAGUCCUGU